UCGAAUGAUGAGUUUGCCACCAUACCAAUUCACUCUGAAUAGGCACAAUACCGUAGUACAAUGCUCCACCGGUUACCUGUCGAGGUCAACCAACAGAUCCUCCAGUACCUAGCUGGUGCUGAUGUGAAUAGCCUCCUAUCAAUCAGACAGAUCAAGGAAAAGUUACGGGACAUAAUUCUAUUGGUGGAAGCUGACCAUGGGUUGCGAUUCCAGAUCGAAGAUCAACCCAGUGAGACGUUUCCAGCAAUUGUACAAAGGUGUAAGUGGAGUGACAUGGUGAAGGAGAACUUUGAAAAGUUCAAAAACUUUGCAUACGUUGUUAUCUUAGCUGGUGAUAUCCGUAACUUGAAGGGAUUAAGUACUCUUGUUCAGCUCCAAAAGGGAGGUCCAAAGCUGUUCUAUUACUUCACAGAUAAGCCCAUUAUGGGAGUCAUCUUUGACCGCACAACAUUGAAGUCUUUGGGCUACAAAGACACCUCAACUCAUCAAUACUGUUUCUCCAAUGUUACUGCUAUGACUGUUAAAAGUAUAUCGUAUCCAUCGACAGCUUUCCAGUUCCCUGCAUUGAAGAGCCUGACGUUGGAGAGAACCAGCUUUUUGCCGGAGAGUCUCAACUUUCCUGGAUUGUUAUCCUUGUCUCUAAUCUACUGUGAGAGUAUUGAUGAAUCGUCAAGAUGGAAUCUGCCGUCCCUUAAUAAAUUGUAUGUCCAUGGUAACUUCAGGACAAUCAAUGAUUCUAUAGAUUACAGAAACACUACAAUAACUAAAUUGGAAUUGCACAGUAUCAGUGAUUUAGAAAGUUGGUCAAAUAUCUGCAAUAAAUCUAUUAAGUCUAUCAAUGCUGGAUUUGUUCGAAUUGAAUUGCACAAUAUUCGUUUUGAAUCGCUGAAACGACUCAAGCUGAGAUCAUAUACGUUACAGGUCUCUCUUUUGAAUGUUCCUGAGCUUGAGCAAUUCACCUUUGAACGGUACAAGAGGUAUGAUUUCGGAGAGGACGUUUUAACCUCCAUUCAAGCUCCAAAACUCACUCACUUCAAAUGCACUUGCGGGAACUUCUCAAGAUGGGAAGAUAUCAAUACUCCGUCUUUAACCAAUGCUACUAUUGUUGAUUCUGCUGGUCCAGACUCGGAUGUGGCCUCUGACUUUUUGACAAAUGUUGAGAAUUUAAGGGUCACAUCCUGUGAUUGGUGGAAAUAUACCCCAAAUGUGAAGCAUAUGGAGGUUUUUGGUGAUAAAGCAAAUACACAAUGGUACUGGUACACGUUUCCUCUGUUGAAAACUCUACGAGUCUCGCCACCUCCGGACUGCACUGAUGCCUUUAAGUCUUUCAGCUUACCAAAUGCCCCGUCUUUAAAGCAUAUCGAACUUGUCAAUUUAUCAACCUAUGAUUUUUUGAGCACUCUCGGUGCUUUUAUAGAGUUGGAGUCCCUUGCCAUUCUCAGGCAGUACAAUGGGCCAAAGAUGGACAAACCUCCUAUUGAUUUUGAGAAAGUGAACCUUCCGCAAUUGAAUAAGCUGGUGUGUCAACUGGCAUGUUCACAGUCUGUCACAAUCAUAGACUGUGUGUUUCCGAAGCUUGAAACUCUUGAGCUUUCAGGAAGUGAAACCAUCCGAAGUGACGUGGUGAGAGCAUUCAAAAUCCAGAUGGAGGCACCGAUACUACAGAGGCUUGUUAUUCAGGAUCUCAGAUCACAUGAAGUUGUUGAAGUAACGAACUUCCCGGAAUUGACUCAGCUCAUAGUAACUGGAUGCCAGGAUUUGAAAAGCGUCAUCCUAGAGAAUGUUUCCCGUGUUAAAACCUUACAAAUAGCUCCCUAUGGGUACAGCUACUAUAACACCAAUAACAAGAUCAACGUCUACCAUGACGGCUCUCUUCCUAGAGGCCUCAUUGAUUCGAAAGAAGACUUCAUCAACGAAGGUGUCAACUUCAUUAGGGACCAUACAUAACAGACGUGGUCCCUGUAUUAUUCAACCACCAAUCGAUAUAAUUACCCCUUUCUAGUGACACAUUUCCACGAUGUACAUACGUAGAUCUGCGCCAUAAGCUGCAAAAGCUGUUGAUAACGUUGCAGGUCCAAGG